UGUUCAGAGAUUUAACCCUUCGGGGGCCCCACUGUCCUCUUACAACAUUUUUAAAAGAAUCGCUGGACUUCUUUGAUCGAACUUGUAUCGUUUAAUAUGAACAGGGCCAGUCGUUGAUUGAAAGUGUUUUUAAUAUUACCUUACCCAAAAAAGGAGAAAAAAUUAUAAAGUGACUGCAUUUAGUUGGUUGUGAUGGUUACUAUAUUAAUGUUCAAUUUGGGAUUAACUAAAUUGCCUCUAUUUGCAUAUUAGACUAUUUAAAAAGUUUGCACCUUUGAAUUUUGUUUUAAUGGAAUUUUUUCAUAAACAUUAAAGAUCAUGAAGAAAACCAAAUUAUUGGCGCUGUCCCUUCUGACAAUAACGCUAAACGUAUUGAUCAUUAGAAUUUCUGCAAGCACGACCACAACAGAAUCUAUCACUACUACUGAACCAAUAACAACAACAGAAGCAGUCACAACCACAGAAGCUGCAACGUCCACAACAGAAGCUAUCACUACUACUGAGGCUGCCACAACAACUGUACCAAUAACAACAACAGAAGCAGUCACAACCACAGAAGCUGCUACCUCCACAACAGAACCUAUAACUUCUACUGAGGCUGCCACAACAACCGUACCAAUAACAACAACAGAAGCAGUCACAACCACAGAAGCUGCAACGUCCACAACAGAAGCUAUCACUACUACUGAGGCCGCCACAACAACUGUACCAAUAACAAUAACAACAGAAACAGUCACAACCACAGAAGCUACUACAUCAACAACAGAAUCUAUCACUACUACUGAGGCUGCCACAACAACUGUACCAAUAACAACAACAGAAGCAGUCACAACCACAGAAGCUGCUACAUCCACAGCAGAAGCUAUCACUACUACUGAGGCUGCCACAACAACUGUACCAAUAACAACAACAGAAGCACUCACAACCACAGAAGCUGCAACAUCCACAACAGAAGCUAUCACUUCUACUGAGGCUGCCACAACAACUGUACCAAUAACAACAACAGAAGCAGUCACAACCACAGAGACUGCAACAUCCACAACAGAAGCUAUCACUUCUACUGAGGCUGCCACAACAACUGUACCAAUAACAACAACAGAAACAGUCACAACCACAGAAACUGCAACGUCCACAACAGAAGCUAUCACUACUACUGAGGCUGCCACAUCAACCGUACCAAUAACAACAACAGAAGCAGUCACAACCACAGAAGCUGCUACAACCACAACAGAAGCUAUCACUACUACUGAGGCCGCCACAACAACUGUACCAAUAACAACAACAGAAGCAGUCACAACCACAGAAGAUGCCACAUCCACGACAAAAGCUAUCACUACUACUGAGGCUGCCACAACAACUGUACCAAUUACAACAACAGAAGCAGUCACAACCACAAAGGCUGCAACAUCUACAAUAGAAGCUAUCACUACAACUGAGGCUGCAACAACAACUGUACCAAUAACAACAACAGAAGCAGUCACAACCACAGAAGCUGCUACAUCCACAGAAGUUGCUAUCACUACUACUGAGGCCGCCACAACACUUGUACCAAUAACAACAACAGAAACAGUCACAACCACAGAAGCUGCUACAUCCACAACGGAAGCUAUCACUACUACUGAGGCUGCCACAACAACUGUACCAAUUACAACAACAGAAGCACUCACAACCACAGAAGCUGCAACGUCCACAACAGAAGCUAUCACUACUACUGAGGCUGCAACAACAACUGUACCAAUAACAACAACAGAAGCACUCACAACCACAGAGACUGCAACAUCCACAACAGAAGCUAUCACUUCUACUGAGGCUGCCACAACAACUGUACCAAUAACAACAACAGAAGCAGUCACAACCACAGAAACUGCUACCUCCACAACAGAAGCUAUCACUUCUACUGAGGCUGCCACAUCAACCGUACCAAUAACAACAACAGAAGCAGUCACAACCACAGAAGCUGCAACAACCACAACAGAAGCUAUCACUACUACUGAGGCUCCCACAACAACUAUACCAAUAACAACAACAGAAGCAGUCACAACCACAGAAGCUGCCACAUCCACGACAGAAGCUAUGACUACUACUGAGGCCGCCACAACAACUGUACCAAUUACAACAACAGAAGCAGUCACAACCACAGAGGCUGCAACAUCUACAACAGAAGCUAUGACUACUACUGAGGCUGCCACAACAACUGUACCAAUAACAACAACAGAAGCAGUCACAACCACAGAAGCUGCAACGUCCACAACAGAAGCUAUCACUACUACUGAGGCUGCCACAACAACUGUACCAAUAACAACAACAGAAACAGUCACAACCACAGAAGCUGCUACCUCCACAACAGAAGCUAUCACUACUACUGAGGCCGCCACAACAACUGUACCAAUAACAACAACAGAAACAGUCACAACCACAGAAGCUGCUACAUCAACAACAGAAGCUAUCACUACUACUGAGGCUGCCACAACAACUGUACCAAUAACAACAACAGAAACAGUCACAACCACAGAAGCUGCUACAUCCACAACAGAAGCUAUCACUACUACUGAGGCCGCCACAACAACUGUACCAAUAACAACAACAGAAACAGUCACAACCACAGAAGCUGCUACCUCCACAACAGAAGCUAUCACUACUACUGAGACCGCCACAACAACUGUACCAAUAACAACAACAGAAGCAGUCACAACCACAGAAGCUGCUACAUCCACAACAGAACCUAUAACUUCUACUGAGGCUGCCACAACAACUGUACCAAUUACAACAACAGAAGCACUCACAACCACAGAAGCUGCAACGUCCACAACAGAAGCUAUCACUACUACUGAGGCUGCCACAACAACUGUACCAAUAACAACAACAGAAGCAGUCACAACCACAGAAGCUGCAACGUCCACAACAGAAGCUAUCACUACUACUGAGGCUGCCACAACAACUGUACCAAUAACAACAACAGAAGCAGUCACAACCACAGAAGCUGCUACCUCCACAACAGAAGCUAUCACUACUACUGAGGCUGCCAUAACAACUGUACCAAUAACAACAACAGAAGCAGUCACAACCACAGAAGCUGCAACAUCCACAACAGAAGCUAUCACUACUACUGAGGCUGCCACAACAACUGUACCAAUAACAACAACAGAAACAGUCACAACCACAGAAGCUGCUACAUCCACAACAGAAGCUAUCACUACUACUGAGGCCGCCACAACAACUGUACCAAUAACAACAACAGAAACAGUCACAACCACAGAAGCUGCUACAUCAACAACAGAAGCUAUCACUACUACUGAGGCUGCCACAACAACUGUACCAAUAACAACAACAGAAACAGUCACAACCACAGAAGCUGCUACAUCCAAAACAGAAGCUAUCACUACUACUGAGGCCGCCACAACAACUGUACCAAUAACAACAACAGAAACAGUCGCAACAACAGAAGCUGCUACCUCCACAACAGAAGCUAUCACUACUACUGAGGCCGCCACAACAACUGUACCAAUAACAACAACAGAAGCAGUCACAACCACAGAAGCUGCUACAUCCACAACAGAAGCUAUCACUACUACUGAGGCUGCCACAACAACUGUACCAAUUACAACAACAGAAGCACUCACAACCACAGAAGUUGCAACAUCCACAACAGAAGCUAUCACUACUACUGAGGCUGCCACAACAACUGUACCAAUUACAACAACAGAGGCAGUCACAACCACAGAGGCUGCAACAUCCACAACAGAAGCUAUCACUACUACUGAGGCUGCCACAACAACUGUACAACUAACAACAACAGAAGCAGUCACAACCACAGAAGCUGCUACAUCCACGACAGAAACUAUCACUACUACUGAGGCUGCCACAACAACUGUACCAAUAACAACAACAGAAACAGUCACAACCACAGAAGCUGCAACGUCCACAACAGAAGCUAUCACUACUACUGAGGCUGCCACAACAACUGUACCAAUAACAACAACAGAAGCAGUCACAACCACAGAAGCUGCAACGUCCACAACAGAAGCUAUCACUACUACUGAGGCUGCCACAACAACUGUACCAAUAACAACAACAGAAGCAGUCACAACCACAGAAGCUGCAACAUCCACAACAGAAGCUAUCACUACUACUGAGGCUGCCACAACAACUGUACCAAUAACAACAACAGAAACAGUCACAACCACAGAAGCUGCUACCUCCACAACAGAAUCUAUCACUACUACUGAGGCCGCCACAACAACUGUACCAAUAACAGCAACAGAAACAGUCACAACCACAGAAGCUGCUACAUCAACAACAGAAGCUAUCACUACUACUGAGGCUGCCACAACAACUGUACCAAUAACAACAACAGAAACAGUCACAACCACAGAAGCUGCUACAUCCACAACAGAAGCUAUCACUACUACUGAGGCUGCCACAACAACUGUACCAAUAACAACAACAGAAACAGUCACAACCACAGAAGCUGCUACCUCCACAACAGAAGCUAUCACUACUACUGAGGCCGCCACAACAACUGUACCAAUAACAACAACAGAAGCAGUCACAACCACAGAAGCUGCUACAUCCACAACGGAAGCUAUCACUACUACUGAGGCUGCCACAACAACUGUACCAAUUACAACAACAGAAGCACUCACAACCACAGAAGCUGCAACGUCCACAACAGAAGCUAUCACUACUACUGAGGCUGCCACAACAACUGUACCAAUUACAACAACAGAGGCAGUCACAACCACAGAGCCUGCAACAUCCACAACAGAAGCUAUCACUACUACUGAGGCUGCCACAACAACUGUACAACUAACAACAACAGAAGCACUCACAACCACAGAAGCUGCUACAUCCACAACAGAAGCUAUCACUACUACUGAGGCUGCCACAACAACUGUACCAAUAACAACAACAGAAGCAGUCACAACCACAGAAGCUGCAACGUCCACAACAGAAGCUAUCACUACUACUGAGGCUGCCACAACAACUGUACAAAUAACAAUAACAGAAGCACUCACAACCACAGAAGCUGCAACAUCCACAACAGAAGCUAUCACUUCUACUGAGGCUGCCACAACAACUGUACCAAUAACAACAACAGAAACAGUCACAACCACAGAAGCUGCUACAUCAACAACAGAAGCUAUCACUUCUACUGAGGCUGCCACAACAACUGUACCCAUAACAACAACAGAAGCAGUCACAACUACAGAAGCUGCUACAUCAACAACAGAAUCUAUCACUACUACUGAGGCUGCCACAACAACUGUACCAAUAACAACAACAGAAGCAGGCACAACCACAGACGCUGCUACAUCCACAACAGAGGCUUUCACUUCUACUGAGGCUGCCACAACCUCAGAAGCUGCAACGUCCUCAACAGAAGCUAUCACUACUACUGAGGCUGCCACAACAAAUGUACCACUAACAACAACAGAAGCAGUCACAACCACAGAAGCUGCUACAUCCACAACAGAAGCUAUCACUACUACUGAGGCUGCCACAACAACUGUACCCAUAACAACAACAGAAGCAGUCACAACUACAGAAGCUGCUACAUCAACAACAGAAUCUAUCACUACUACUGAGGCUGCCACAACAACUGUACCAAUAACAACAACAGAAGCAGGCACAACCACAGAAGCUGCUACAUCCACAACAGAGGCUUUCACUUCUACUGAGGCUGCCACAACCUCAGAAGCUGCAACGUCCUCAACAGAAGCUAUCACUACUACUGAGGCUGCCACAACAAAUGUACCACUAACAACAACAGAAGCAGUCACAACCACAGAAGCUGCUACAUCCACGACAGAAGCUAUGACUACUACUGAGGCUGCCACAACAACUGUACCAAUUACAACAACAGAAGCAGUCACAACCACAGAGGCUGCAACAUCUACAACAGAAGCUAUCACUUCUACUGAGGCUGCCACAACAACUAAGCAGUCACAACUACAGAAGCUGCUACAUCAACAACAGAAUCUAUCACUACUACUGAGGCUGCCACAACAACUGUACCAAUAA